AGUCUCGGUGUCGAACCGGUGGACCGUGACGUCAUGAAUAAACCCCCGCGAAACGUAAAGAACCCGAUGAUUACCAGGGUCCUUAUUCUGAAUGUUCUCCUAGCCGCCAGCUUAAUCGUCACUGGUACAUUGUGGGUCUUCUGGAGGGAGGUAAGGACGUACGAUAUAAGGUGCUGAUAUCCCGGGAAGGGUACUUCCGUGCAAUAGGCUAUUGGGGAUGUACCGCUGGAUGGGGUCACAUUUUCACGCCUGGAUUGACUAUGAAAAGGGAGAUUUUCAAAAGAGGAAUUAGAAUGGAGUCAUGCACUUUCGGGACGUUUUUUUAUAGUGAGAAUUUAAAAAAAAAUUGUGGCCUCAUUGUAGGAUGACUGACGUACUUAAAAGGCUUUAUAAAAAAAUGUCAAUAAAAUUUGCCCAAAAAUGACUAAGAUGGGGUCUAUAACGGGCCACCAAAUACACUACAAUGGGGUAGGGGUUCUGAGAGGCCAGCGGAGCAUACUCAGCAAAAAUUGACCCAAGUAGCCCCUCCCUCGGGAUAUUCCACUGCUGCAAAUGGUUAAUCGAAGAAAAAUGCUUUGUGUUUGUUUUUUUUUUUUGCAGAUGAGAGACAACAUUAUAACUCCACGUGACACUACUAUGACAUUUACGUGUUUUGUGUUCUUUGAUAUGUUCAACGCGCUUAGCUGUCGAUCACAGGUCAGUAAAUUUUCUUCUUUGGUCAACAGUUUUAAGCGGCCUUUUUUAAGCCCAUGAUCCCCUUUAGCACAAACGCAUCAACACGUAACCAGCUUGUCGCUCUACCCUGAUCCGCAGAUACAAACGGUGUUCAAUUUAAUCUGGAUGCAACGGAAUCCUGCGUAAAAAGAUAGAUAUACAGCAGGUUGUCGGAAAAAGUGUACCGACAAUCCCGGAAGGUAUUGUGGGUGGCUUUAAAUUCAGUGUUCGUCCAAGAAAUUUGAAAGAAUGGCACGAGAGGCCGUGGACGUAUGUUUGCGAGCGUUAAAGGAAAGCAACAAAAGUAGCUUAGACAGCUACAGUGUCAAGAACAGGGUAUUGCUUCUGAUCGUAUCCCAUAUUGCCCUUCGGGAUUGUCGCGUGCACAUUUUUUCCGACAACCUUUCUCGAAAUAGCUGUAUACUUCAGCUUAGUUGAAGUAAAAUGUAUGGAAAAGAACAUCGGUAUAACAAAACUACGUUAUAGUGAACAUAUCUCGCCAGUCACUUGAAUCUUAGUUCUAUCACGGUUCUAGUGUAUUUAGAUACCGAGAGGAAGGGGGGGCGAGGGCGGGCGAACUCACGGGAACUUUGGGUAGAUGUGUGCCGGCGAGGCUUUCGAACCCUGACCCUAUUCAAUGCAAAAAUCGCACCCUUCAAACUAUACCUUGUUCAGCGGCAAAUACUCGUUUGGGCCAAUUGAGGGAGUGCCUCCCCCCCGGGGAUCUCGAGGCCUUUGAUGGGAAGUUUUAGCGCCUCCUUAUAUGAGGCGAUCCAGGCUAACCCGCCGUACCGGGCUCCGCUGGCGCGUGAUGCCUUAUUAGCUUUAAAACUGUCAUCUUGUUUAUAUGAGAAAGCAGGCUGACCAGCGUGCUGGGAUUUCGGCUCGAGUAAUCAAGAUCUGGGCUAUCGGGCCAGCUUGCCUUUUCUCAUAAACACAACGCCAAAAACAAGGCAUAAGCCGAGCCAGGCGGGAAAGCGGGCCAGCUUAACUCAUGUAAACAGCCCUCUUGCAACGACGACAACAACGACGUGCAACGUAAUCAUGUUUUGACACAUUUGUUUGUGCAUCGACUACUCACAAUUAUUUAAAAAUCCUUGUGAAUGUCUUGUCUCUCAGGUUAAAUCUAUCUUUCAAGUGGGUUUCUUCACAAACCGUAUGUUCCUGUAUGCUGUAGGCGGCUCUCUCAUGGGACAGAUGCUCGUUAUUUAUUUUCCUCCGCUUCAAGCUGUUUUUCAAACCGAAGCUCUGUAUUGUACGGACAUUUUGUUAUUGAUAUCAGUCGCUUCGUCCGUGUUUAUUGUAGAUGAGAUCAGGAAAUUCGCAGUAAGGACACGUUUAAAGCGAAAAGAACGUUCAAAGGAAUUCCAAUUCUCUGUAUAG